GUUAUCAAAAUAAGAAAGAGUUAUAAAGUUAUAAUACAAGUUAGAAGUUGUGGUAGUCACCAACAUUAAUUAAAUGGUGGGCAACAUGUGAGGUUAAAAUAGACAAGAAGCCAACAAUCAAAGCAAAAUAGAAAUUUAUAGAAAUACAAAAAGAAGCAGAAAGGAAAAAAAUAUAAAAGAUAAUAAGCAAAAAACAACCACAACACACGACAGACACAGAAAGUGAACACGUUUUUUUGUGUGGUGUGUUAAAGAAAACAAAUUUUUCAAAUAAUUUCCCAGGAAAUUCAUUAAAAAUAAAUUAAAUUAAAGUGAAUUUAAGAAAAUAUUGCUAAAAACUCAAAAUAUAUAAAAUUGCAAUCGAAUUUGUUGGAUUUAACAGGUGUUCACUUUCUGCAAAUUGGUGUUAGAAAACCGUUAUGGAUUCUAGGCUGAUGAAUGUGGUCUACGAUGAUCCGUUCGACGGCAACUAUGUAAAAUAUGAUAAUGACUCAGAAUUUUGGUCCAGUGGCAGCGAAACCAUGGGUAUGCAACUAACAGAAACAUUGAAUGGCAUAUUGCCCAUAUCGGCCACAGAUGAUUUUCACAAGGAUGAACAUACAAACGCCAUAAAUAUACAAAGUAGUAAAAAUGCGUUUAAUUAUGAAGACUUUGCUGGUCAACAUUUGGCAACUGGUGGAGCCAUAGAACUUGUAACAGUAGAUCCAAAUGCUGAUGGCUAUGAUACCGACAGCGAAGAUGAGGAAGAUAGUGAUGAUGAUGAUGACGACGAUGAUGAUGAUGAUGAAGACGACGACGAUGAUGAUGAUGACAAUGUUUUGUUAGAUUUUGAGCAUCGCAGUCAGUGCAGCAAUGCCACAUUUCGCUCCAGAACAGAUAGUUCUUCCAUAGGAGACUAUGAAUCACACACAAGUGAUUAUGAUGAUGACGACGAUGACGAUGAUGAUGAUGUUGGGAAUAAUCUGCUUAAUAAUACUAGUUUAAUACAAAAUGCCCUCUCUCAAAUGGCCAACAAUGCCAAUAACUCUAUAAUAGAUUUACAUUCAAAUUUGGUAGCUCCUGAUGAUUUACUUUUAGGAAAUUCAUUUCAUAAAAGUCGUACGCUCAGCACGAAUACCCUAAAUUCUGAUGUCGAUGGUUUGGGCAUGCAAAUCGAUGCAAAUAAUUUCGAUUUGGCAGAAUUCAUAACAAAAGAUGAUUUUCAAUUAAACAAUACUUCAAUAGAGUCCAAUCAAUCGCAUGCAGCGCCUAUAGCAAAUGUUUUACCUAAAAAUGAUUUUGCCACGACUAUGGCACAAAGUCCUUCAGUUAUGCAUGUUAUAUCGUCGAAACAUGAUGAUUCAGAUUCUGACUCUGAUGUCAUUGUUGAUGUUGAAACUGUAGAAAUGGACGAGGAUGAAGCCAGUUCGUUAAGAAAGGCUUCGGAAAUUCUAAAACCUUCUCCUCCGGCUGCAGAGCAACAACAAAUUGAGGAAGAUGCUACUAUUGUGGACAAUGUUAAGACCGAUCCUUCUUGGAAACCUACACAGACUGUGAAAAAAGCUGAAAAUCAUAAAGUUGAGGAAAAAUCCACUGUGCAAAAAACUAAUUUUACACGCAGUUUUCCCUUGGUGCCCAAUAAAAAGCAAUGUGAUUUGCUAAAGGGUAAAUUUGCCAAAGGCAAAGGAAAAGCCUCACAAAAACCUACAAAAACGCCAGCGGCUAAAAAUAUUAAAAUGGAAAUUUCACCUGUUAAAGAAACUCCAGCUACUAACACCUCGACAAAGACUACAAUAAAACCUGAAACAACUAUAAGGAAGAUAGGCAUUGGUAUGGGAGGUAAAAAUUUAGCUUUACUCAAACAUGAACGUGUCAGUAUAUCGGAACAAAGUUCCGAGGAGAAUAACACACCCAUAAAAUGUGAAAUUGUGCAACCCAUCAUCAGUACACCCCAGCAAAAGCCAGUAAUUGUAAAACAAGAAGUACAAGUAACAACCCCUGCACAAAAGGCUCAAGCUGUAAAAAGAAAACUAAAUUUGGAAGAAUAUAAAAAGAGACGUGGUGGAGAACCUGUUGUAGCUGCAACCGCAGCACCAACAAAUGCACCUAAAUUCUUUUCCUAUAAAAUACCAAAACUAGAGAAUAAAGCACCAAGUUCCCAGGCUAUAGGCGAUAAAAAACCAGCUGCGAAUACUACUACACCUACAAAACACAGUGACGUCGUUACCACAAUAGUAAAAUCACUUAAGGAACAACAAAGUGUGGCUCAAAGAAGCGAUCCCAUAACCGAGGCUAAAAAUAAAGUUUUACGCAUGCAAGAACUGAAAAAGGCUCAACAAAUGCGCAUCAUAGAUUCGGCAAUCUCCGCCAAGGUGCCCAGAGUUACUAAACUGUUGCCCUUGAGGGAAAUUGUCAAAGACACUCCCUAUCUAAACGAAGAAGAAAAGAAAUCUUUAAGCACUCAAACAUUCAAGUCGGACUAUGAGGAAAUAAUUAUAGUAUCAUCCAGUUGCAAUACGGAUAUUUCCAUGCCACCCAUACCUAAUCAGUCCAUACAGCCUGUGAACAAUGCCUCGAGAUCUUUAUUAAAAUCUUCCGCUUUAUUGUCUACUAUUACAAAUAGCUUUGAAAAGGUCAAAGCUAACGAUAAUACAAAAAUGUCUACGAGUUCUCUGAUAGCCAGCAUACAGGAUGUUGUCGUAAACAAAACUUUACCAGUAGAGGAAACCACGCAUGACAGAGGCGAUAUUAAAGAUAACAAGAAACCAGAACAUCACGGUGAAAAUAAAAUCAUUAUGCAUUUGCGCAAAGACAGAAUACGUAAGCGCAUGUGUACGAUUGGCAUACAAACGGAGUUACAGCCUGAAUUUCCACCCUUACCUUUGCCCAAAUCAAGCUUACAACACAAAUCCCGUGAACGCUCACGUAGAAAUCGUAAGCGUCAUUACCGUAAGCACAACGAACAGUCCUCAUCCUCUUCGUCAGAAUACUCUUCAGAUGAUCAGUCAGAUAAUAGUAAUUCAUCUACCAUUUCGCGUUCUCGCGACAACAGUUGUUCCUCCUCUUUAGAACGUUUGCGUACGUAUGACAGUGCCAUUGGAACGGGUGGUUAUUCAUCGAGAAGUAGUCGUAAACAUCGUAGUUCCAUUUCAUCAUCCUAUUCCGAAUCUGCCGAUCGUAUUGCACGCGGUCGUCGUCAACGCCGCACUAGCUACACAAAACGUUCUGCAGCACGGAAACGUUCAAGGUCGCCAUUCACCUCAUCGUCAUACACCUCCGAUUCGGAUCGUUCUCGCAGUCCACACUAUAGACGUUCGCGCAGUCGUUCAAACUCCCGUACACGUUCUCGCUCGAGACGUUCCAGUUAUCGUCAGGGACAAAAUAACAGCAAUAGCUUUGUGGAUCGUAAUGUUUCGCAGCCAGCUGUCGAGGAGCGUCGUAUUGUGUAUGUGGGUCGCAUUGAGCAGGAGACAACCAAAGAUAUGUUGAGAAGAAAAUUUUUGCAAUAUGGUACUAUUAAGCAGAUUAGCAUACAUUAUAAAGAUACAGGCAUGAAAUAUGGUUUUGUUACCUUUGAACGAUCCCAAGAUGCCUUUACAGCCAUUGACACCAGUACACGUGACCCACAAAUAAGCAUGUAUGAUGUCAGUUUUGGUGGCCGACGUGCAUUCUGUCGGGCCUCUUAUGCCGAUUUAGAUAAUGCUGGCAUAAAUACCUAUCAGUCGUAUGUGUUUCCACAGCCGGCACCCCAGCCGAAAGAAGAUGAUUCUUUUGAGGCUUUACUCUUGAAAAUGAAAGCAAAAUUAAAUGCAAAUAAAACAAAUACCACAACAGUAAAUGGGGCAGCUGGUACUAGCACAGCUGGUGCUGCAGCUGCAACAGACACAGUUGCUACAAAUGGUCAAAAUGCUGCAAAUAAUAAAAUUUGACGAAUACGCUUGAGUAGCACCAUCAAAACUCUAAGUUAUAGCGCUAAAAGAAAUUUCUUGAGAUUUUCUUUAACUCCUCAUAAUUUGAAAAUUUUAGUUUUUAACAAAAUUUUAAUCUAAUUUAUAUAAAUGCCUUAUUAGUUUUUUUUUUUAACUAGAAACUAGUUUUUUGUAAUUUAAAUUUAAUUUAAAUAUAAUUUUCUACUUGCUAUUAAUUACCAACCGCAAUUAAACUUAAAUAUUAAUUUACCAAAAAACAAAACUUAAACAAUUAAUGCUACUACUACAUGUUCUCCAACUAAAGUCUGUUGCUAAAUAUACAAAUUAAGUUAAAUUUUCUUUUUUAUAUACAUACAUAUAAAUAUUUGUUUAAUUGUUUGUUUAAAAUUUUUCUUUAUUUCUUUUAAGUUUUAUUUAAUUUAAGUUUUUUUUUUUUAACAAAUAACAAAAAAAUCUUUAAACUAAACCCAGGGGCAAAGUUAGUGAAUAAAUUGUAAAUUAUUAAAAUUUAAGACGAAAAUUUAAAAGAAAAAAGAAAAAUGUUGAAGAUUUAAAGGGUAGAUUUUUUAUAAAGUAGUAUUUAGACCACCCCGCCCUCUUGUAAAAAUGUUAAAGAUUUUUUUCUUAUUAUUUGGUUUAUGAUACAAAAUGUGAUAUUACAUAAAAACGAUUGAAAAAAUACAACAAAAACAAGUCAUUUAUUAAGAAUAAGUUUUAAGACUUAAAAGAAUACAAAGAGAAAUAAUUUAAACUAUGACUAAUUAACCAACCACCCAACCAACCACUUAUUAAGACUUACACCCUGCAUUCAGCGCAUCCCGCAUUCUGCAUCCCACAAUAGAAUAUUUUGUUUAAUUUUUUUAAAAAAUAAAACAACAAGUAGAAAAAUUAUUUUAAAUUAUUCUAAUUUAUUUAAAUCUAAGUUUAACAACCCAAAAAGCAACCACUUAAAUGUAAAAAAAAACACGUUGACAUUUAUUUUUAAAGAAUUCUGCCGCCUAAAAGUAGAAUUCUUUAGAGAAAUGUGUGUUAAAUGUUCAACGUAAAUGUUCAAUGCUUAAAAUUAACACUGCUUUGGCUAAUGAACUAAGUCAAGUUUAAUCUUAAAACUUAGUUUGUUACACAACCAUCUCAAGUAAAAACAUUUUUUUAAACAUCCUCUAAAAUGUCUAGUUAUGGCAAAAAAGCAAACAAAUCUUUCAAUUUGAAACCAUAAAGCAAAACAAACACACAUUACAACUUGAUUCUAAUAACUUGAAUUUUGUUGUUCUCUUUCUUGAAGGGUAAUCUUUUUUGAAUAGAUUUCCCUACAGUUAGGGCAACAUGAAUUAAACUGUUGAUAAUAAAACUUUGAUAUUAGUUUGUAAUUUAUUAAAAAAAAAGAAACACAAAAAAAAUACAGAUGUUUAUGUUUUUUUUUUAUUAUUAUUAUUAUAAUUUUAAAAAUCGUAUUACAACCAAACAAACCACUUGAUGCUUGAGUAUAGAUAAAACACUGCAACAAACCUUAAUUUUAUAAUUUUGGUCAACUUUAACUUUACUUUUUUUUCCCCCUUAAAUAAACACUUUAGUUUUGUACACUACAAUAAUUAUUUUUUUCUUUCUUUUAUAUACAAACAAAUAAUACAAUUGUAAUCACUGC